AUGGUUAGUAUACUACCAGGCCACAAUACUUCAGGUCAUGGCACCACCAAGAACAAAUUUAUUUCCCCUACGAUUCGAUUAGGAGAAUCCGCAAUCGAUGAGUUGACAAAGUUUCAUUCGGACUCUUCAUCGUUUUCUUCCUUUUCGGCCUCCGCCUCUGUGUCCGCUUCCAACUCAGCAGCAAGAAUAGGCGAAUCAGCAUCCUCCUUGAUGAGAAGGUUUAUGCAACCUGUGGGCUUGGAAGUGAAGGAAGCCAAUUACAAAGUUGGAAUUCCUGAUUUUGCUACUUUGUCGCCCUUGACGCUAGGAGCAAAGUUGAUCUCCAACAUCAGCAAAAUUGACUCUAGUAUACCACACGAUAUUUUUGCUUCAGAGAACAUGAUCAAAAAUGAAACUAAUCUCGACAAUUAUUAUUUUGACUAUGAAAACGGACUCAAUGAUUUCUCGAGGUUUGAAAAAGUGCAACAGUAUGAUUUACCAGAUACCUUUUUUGAGGAAUACAACAAAACAGAGUGUAUUACGAAAAUUGGGUUGCUUCCUGAAAUCGAUCGAAGUUGGAUCUCAGUCGACAAUAAAUUGAUCUUGUGGAAUUACAAAAUUCCCCAAUCGUCAUUCAACAAGUCUGCACAGUUUCUCACACUAGACCAAAUCGAAAGCACAGUGCUUGCGAUAAAAUUGGUCAAGCCAAAGGAUGGCAUAUUUCUCAAGGAGAUUAACCAUCUUUUGAUUGUUGCAACCGUGACUAGCAUACAAAUAUUCUUGGUCAAAUAUGGCAAGGAACACAACAAUUUGGAAGUGUUCAAUCCAGACUUGUCUGUCUCCGUGCAGGGAUUAACAGUAAAUAAUAUUAUAGCUCACCCAAAAACACAGGAUAUCUACUUUACCGGAGAAGGAAGCGGAACCAAUAUUUGGAGGUUGGAAUAUUCAAAUAAAUCAUCUUUUACCAAAAACAGGUGUGACAAAGUUUGCUUAACGAAAGGUACUUUUUCAAGCGUUUUACCUAGCAGUUUCCUGAGCUUUGGUUUUGCUAGUAACACUAAUACUACUCCACGAACAUCGGGUACUUUUUCAGCUUCUUCUGCAUCUUCCUCCGCAUCUGCUUCUGCUGCUGCCGGCGCCGCCGCAGCCAACAUUCCAGAGACUAUUUCUCAACUUGAAAUUGACUCUGGUCGCGACAUUUUGUACUCAUUGUCAAAUAAAUCAGUUAUUAGAGUCUACAAGCUAAUACCACGACAGGAUAGCUUAAAUGAAGGAAGCACUUUGACUCCAACUCAGAUCUUCAAAUCCGCAUCAUCUGUAUUUGUUGACCCAAGCAGUUUCAAAGUUUUUGAAAGGUUCAAGAUCAUUAACAUUCAUGCCAUCUCCUCGCAUGAAUCCUCUGUUAUUCAAUUGAUAGCAGUUACAAGUAAUGGUACUAGAAUUUUACUCAAAUUGGGGUCAACUUCAUCAUUCACUUCUUUGCUCUCGUCAGCCAUAACCUCUUCGGCUGCGUUGAAGCUAAAUCUCGUCAAUAUUAGGUUUCCACCAACCAGAGAAAUUCCUGAGAUUAACAAUGAACUUGACUCUUUUACAAGAGAUAGGCAAUACAUUUCACAAAUUAUAGCUAACCAACAAAAGUCGCAACUCUUAAAGAACACCAAAAUUGCCAAAAUGAUCAGUCCUGGAGUGUUCAUAUGUGUUAAAAAGACCAAGAGAUCUGACAAAUUGUUUAUUGCCACCACAAACUUUGGGUACCUCAAGAAAAACGGCAAGUUGGUUGAAGAUGCAGAAUUUAUCAAAUACACCACGAGCGAGAGUUCACCAUAUACAUACAUUCAAGGAAUUGUUCAACUCAAUGAUUCUAUGAAUGCUACGAAUACGCCUAAUGGGUAUGCAAACAUUGCAGCAAGUCAGUAUACAAAGGAACCAUUGAGAAUUGCAAUCUUGACCAACUUUGGAAUCAUGGUUUAUCAAUACAGAACACCAGACCAAAUAUUGAGACCCCUCAAAGAUGAAGUUGUGGAAAAUUUUAUGGAGGAAAACGGAUACGAAGAAACAUGUUCAACGUUGUUGUAUCUUGCUUGCUCAUACGGUCAGCACGAUGAAAAUGACUUGUUUGAAAGAAAAGCACAAGUCUUGUUCUCGACUUGUGGAAACAAUGCUCGAUUGGGCAAUCUCGCUCUGCGAUCAUCAACUUCGGCGGCUUUGAUUCCACACCAUCAACAAUUUUCACAAAGCAGUAUCACUGCCGCAGCUGGUGCUGCAGCUGGUAGUGGUGGUGCUGCUAAUGGUGCUUCUGCUUCCAAUAAUAGUCAACCAACUGUUGAGCAAGUUGUAUUGAGUGACAGGUUCUAUGGUACUUGUUUACUAAUUUCAAGAUUCCUCAAGGAUAUUUGGAACCAAAAAGUGUUUACACCGGUGCCGACCCUCAAAUUGGCCAUAAGCGGUGAUGUUGAAGUAGCAAGUAUUGGAGAAAGCAAAGUAAUUAUACAGAGUGUAAGCAUCGACAAAAAGGUGAUUGAAUAUUUCAUUGGAACGAUUGUUGUUCUAAUUGAUUUUUUUCAAAAAAAUGGAAACAACAUACAAGGUUUGAAUGCUCCAAAUUUCAGUUCAGACCCAUUGCAGUAUGAGAAUGAAGUUUGCGUUAGAGCUGAAAAUAUUGCAUUCACUUCCAUUUUGAAGUCUUUAAAGUCGAUGAAAGAGGCAUUUUCAUUCCUUUUGGUGUUGGUGGAGGAAUACGAAACAAAAUCUAAAAGCACCGGUUUUGGUGAAAUCUUGGAGCUUCUCUCUUUGCAAGACCAAACAAAUCUUUUGGUUUUGAGGUUUAAAGACAUUCUCUUGCCAAGUAGAGAAGUGAGAUCGUUGAUCAAGAGCCUCACAUCUGCACUCAUCAACCAGAGCAUUUCCAAAGGCUUUUCUAUUGAUCUGAUUGCCACGUCUUUACAGCAAAGAUGCGGAUCUUUUUGUUCGACCAAUGAUGUUUUCACUUAUAAAGCCACAGAGUAUCUAAUGAAGGCAAAGGAAACUGGAUCUCGAGAUGUUGACUUUAAAUUGAAAUGUUUGAAAAAUGCAGUGUUGCUUUUUGAAGAAGCUUACGAUACACUAUCAGUGGACACGAUUGAGAAAACUGUUGAUUUGAUGACCGAUUUGGAAUUUUACCUGGGUGCCAUCAACAUGUUGUUAAAUAUCGCCUUGAAAGUUAACAAUGCGUCCAAGAUUCAGCUUAGCUCGAUUAACCAAAUCAGCGACCAAUCAUUUAAUAGUAGUUUGCAAAAUGAAAACUCUGCCAAAGUGAACAAGAUCUACCAAAUUAUCUUUAGUAUUUUGGUCAAAGUGGAUUUCAAAGCACUUAAAAUUUCGGAAACAAACAACCAGCUUUUGAUUAAUGAGUUUUUGGAAGUAAGAGAAUUGGCAUACAAUACAUGUUUUGCAUCAAAAAGUAAGGAUUUUCAUUUCCUUUUUUACGAGUGGUUUAUCGAACAAGGUUUGAGCGAGCGUUUACUAGAUGUGAAUACCGUUUUCAUUUUGCCAUUUUUGGAGUUAAAAGCUGAAAAUAAUAUUGGUUUGACUAAUGUACUUUGGCUCUAUCAUGCGAAGCGCGAUAAUUAUUUUGAGGCUGCAAAAAUUUUGUAUGCCCUUUCCAUUUCCCAAUUUGAUCUCAGUUUGGACAAGAGAAUUGAGUACUUGUCUCGUGCCAAUGGGUUCUGUAAUUGCGUUUGUCCGCCAGAUACCAGGCAAAAGAUGGUGCAACUAUCAUUAACAAUUCAGGAACUAUUCGAAGUAGCUGAUAUUCAAUUAGCAAUUUUGAGGAAGGUCGAGAGCGAUGCUAGAAUCAAUGCAGAGAAUCGUAAAAUAGCUGUUGAAGCAUUGAGCAACAAGAUUUUGUCUAUUAGCGAUUUGUUUAACAGUUAUGUUGAUCCCUUGGGGUAUUAUGAGCUUUCGUUAUUGAUUUUCAAAGUUUCUGAUUAUCAAAACGUGGAUGAUAUUUUGAAAAGAUGGAGUCUUUUGUUUGAGCGUAUAUUUAGACUCUCGAAGUCGUCGAAAGAGCCAUUCUACAUCUUGCUCGAUGAAGAGAUGGCCUUGUUUGGACCAAAAUUGUCCGAUAAUGAUAUUGUUUUUCCUGUGGAUGAGCUUGUCAAAUUAAUCAGUAAGACACUUCACGAGGCCAUUGACGAGAAUUCUGUGGUGGAAACACCUCCAAAAGGAUACUUGGUUGAUUUAUUUGUCAAAUGCGGCGUUCCAUAUGAGAAAUUGUACUACAGCAUGAGGGGUUUAAUUGAAAAUGGUGGAGGGUUUGAAGUGUUUACCGGCUUUACAAAAUAUCUCAAGGAAAAUGAAAUGGCGUUUCUUUUGAAAAAAUGGUACGCUACAGACAAGAGGCUUAAAGAGUUGAUUUCAGCCGACCAAAUUGUAAAUUUUGGUGAUGUAUACUCCCUCGAGAUGGACCCUGUAAGAAAAUCAAACUACGUGUAG